AUGGCCCUUUUGGAUACUCCUUACAACAAUUUUGUAUCACCGCCAGAUGCGCCGGUGUUUACUCCAACAGUAGAAGAAUUCACCGAUCCUCUUGGAUACAUUGCCAAGAUCAAGUCUAUCGCAGAGAAAACUGGAAUUUGUAAAAUAAAACCACCUCCGGAUUGGCAACCACCAUUUGCUGUGAAUGUGGACAAGUUUACAUUUGUACCUAGAAUUCAGAAGUUGAACGAAUUAGAGGCUAAGUCAAGAAUAAAAUUAAAUUUCCUGGAUCAGCUUGCAAGAUUUUGGGAAUUGCAGGGCUGUUCUCUUAGGAUCCCUCAUGUUGAAAGAAAAUUACUGGAUCUAUUUGUACUGUACAAGAUUGUUGAUGAAAUUGGUGGCUAUGAUAAUGUUGUGAAAGAGAAAAAGUGGGCCCAGGUGGCUACAAAACUUGGCCUUCCAACAGGCAAAGGUCUUGGAUCAAUUGUGAAGGCUCAUUAUGACAGGAUUCUGUAUCCAUUUUGGCUUUUUAAAAAUGAUCAACCUUAUUCACACAAGGCUUCAAAGAUGCACUCCGAUGACGCUGAUGACAAAUCGGAUAAGGAGUACAAACCCCAUGGGGUAGUAGCCACGGAUUCAUCAGCUGGGGGGUACACACGGAAAACUAAGAGAAAUAUCAAAGAAGUUCCGACUCCAACUCAAAAUUCCAAAAUAGAUUACUCAGCCAACAAUGAAUUAAGGAAACUGCAGUUUUAUGGAGCUGGUCCCAAAGCUGCCGUACCUGGUACAGUCAAAGAUGAAAAAAUUGAUGUCAAGCAUAUCAAAAAAGAAGUGAAGGGACGAGCCAAAGAAGAAUAUACACAUUUAAACUAUGAUGACGCUAAAACGGGGUUGCCAUUAAAUUUUAAAGUGGAUGCUUAUGUCUGCCAGGUGUGUGACAAAGGUGAUGGGGAGGAGUUCAUGUUAUUGUGCGAUGGCUGUGAUGAUGCAUUUCAUACCUACUGCCUUACACCCCCUAUGCCUGAAGUACCAAAAGGAGAUUGGAGAUGCCCUGAGUGUGUCAAAGAGGCUUGUAAACCCGUUAUCGAUUGUUAUGGUUUUGAGCAGUCUCCUAAAGAAUAUACAUUGCAAUCGUUUGGAGAAAUGGCUGACCAGUUUAAAUCUGAUCACUUCAAUAUGCCUGUUCAUAUGGUCUCAUUUGAUCAAGUGGAGAAAGAGUUUUGGCGACUUGUCAAUACCCUUGAGGAAGAAGUAACUGUGCAGUAUGGUGCAGAUAUUCAUGCUAUGGAGAAAGGCAGUGGCUUUCCUACAAAGUCUAAUAAAGACACAUUUCCAGAAGAUGAGGAAUAUAUUAACUCUGGUUGGAACUUAAAUAAUCUACCUAUUUUGGAAAAGUCAGUCCUUUGCCAUAUUAAUGCUGAUAUAUCAGGAAUGAAGAUUCCCUGGUGCUAUGUUGGCAUGUGCUUUUCUUGUUUUUGCUGGCACAAUGAAGAUCACUGGAGUUAUUCUAUUAAUUAUAUGCAUUGGGGGGAGCCAAAGACUUGGUAUGGGGUACCUGGCGAAGCAGCUGAGUUUUUUGAGGACUCCAUGAAAAAGUCUGCCCCAGAACUUUUUGAGCAAUCUCCUGACCUUCUUCAUCAAUUAACAACCAUAAUGAAUCCAAACAUCUUGAUGGAUAUGGGAGUUCCAGUUGUAAAAACCCAUCAAUGUGCUGGAGAAUUUGUUGUCACCUUUCCUCGUGCUUAUCAUGCUGGAUUUAACCAGGGUUAUAACUUUGCAGAAGCAGUUAAUUUUUGUCCUGCAGACUGGUUACCCAUUGGUCGUGUCUGCAUUGACUAUUACCGUAAAUUGCAACGGCAGUGUGUUUUCUCUCAUGAGGAACUGAUUUGUAAAAUGGCUGCUGAUCCUGACAGCCUUGAUUUCAAUUUGGCAGCAGCUACUCAUAAAGACAUGUUGGUUAUGGUGGAAAAUGAAAAGAAAUUGCGCAAAAGACUUUUGGAUAGAGGAACCACAGAUGCUGAAAGGGAAGCAUUUGAACUUCUACCUGAUGAUGAAAGACAAUGUGAUUAUUGUAAGACUACUUGCUUCCUCUCUGCAGUCACAUGUCCUUGCCGGCCAAAUACAGUAAUGUGUAUUCAUCAUGUAGAAUAUCUGUGUGGCUGUCAUCCGUCCCAUCACUGUCUGCGUUAUCGUUACACACUGGAUGAGCUGCCAGCCAUGUUGCACAGAAUCAAAGUACGUGCUGAAUGCUUUGACAACUGGCGCACACAAGCCAAACGAGCCUUAGAACCUACCGCAGACAAAGUUGAUCUUGAGGAGCUGCACAAACUUAUCAGUGAAGCCGAGGACAAGCAUUUUCCUGAUUCUGAAUUACUUGAUCGUCUCACAAAUGCAGUAAAUGAAGCAGAAAAAUGUGCUCUUGUUGCUAACCAACUAGUCUCGAAAAAAGUUAGAACCAGGAAUAGGCAAGCUGGAGAUGCCAAAUAUGUGGCUAAACUAAGUCUUGAAGAAUUAAAGUGCUUUUAUGAACAAGUCAACAAUUUGCCUUGUAUAAUACCUGAAGCUAAGUUAGUGAAGGAGUUACUGGAUAAAGUGACUGACUUCCAGAAUGAAGCUCAAGCUGCACUGAAUGAAGAGACUCCAGAUUCAGAAAAAUUAGAAAAAUUUAUGGAUUAUGGAAUUACAUUGGAUGUGGACUUACCAGAAAUUCCAAAACUCAAACAGGUUUUGCAUCAAGCCCGCUGGUUAGAUGAAGUAAAGUACACUACACAGGAUUCUCACAAUUUGACACUAGAAGUGAUGAGGAAACUCAUAGAAUCUGGUGUUGGUCUUGCUCCUCAUCCUGCUGUUGAGAAAGCAAUGGCUGAGCUGCAAGAAUUGCUUACCAUUAGUGAACGGUGGGAAGAGAAAGCUCGUUUAUGUUUACAAGCCAGGCCAAGGAAUGUGAUGGCAACACUAGAAAGCAUUAUCUUGGAAGCCAGUGACAUCAAGGCCUAUUUACCUAAUGUAUGUGCUUUGAAAGAGGCUUUACGCAAAGCAAAAGAAUGGAUUUCAAAACUAGAAUGUGUUCAGGAAGAAUGUCGGACCAAAAACAAGGAGCAAAACUGUGAGCUCUAUCCUUAUUUAGAUGUCCUGGAGAAUUUGGUGAAUAAAGGCCGUCCUAUUCCUGUGCGCCUUGACCUGUUACCACAAGUAGAAUCCCAAGUAGCAGCAGCUAAGUCCUGGAGGGAACGUACAGCCAGAACAUUCCUCAAGAAAAACUCAACUUAUACUUUACUUGAAGUACUAUCCCCCAGAACUGACAUAGGAAUCUAUAAUAACAAUAAAAGUAAGAAGAAAAAAUUAAAAGAAGGUGAGCGUGAAAGAAAGGAAAGUGAAAGUAGCAACAGUAAUAUUUUGGACUUCAGGAUUGAAGAGCAGCGUGAUCCAGCAAGCAUUGUUGCUGCAUUCAAAUUAGCUGAACAGAGAGAAAUUGAAGCUAUGAAAGAGCUGCGAACAAGGAACGUAGAAAAAACACGGCAUCCUGAUGCAGAUGUAAAAUACUGUAUCUGUCGAAAAGGAGCAUCAGCUGUUAUGUUGCAGUGUGAACUUUGUAAAGACUGGUUCCAUGGUUCCUGUGUUCCCUUACCAAAGUCAGCAAAUGUGAAAAAAAUUAGUCCAGGUGUUCAGAUGCAAACUUCUCGAGACCUGAAAUUCCUCUGUCCGCUUUGCUUACGAUCUCGUCGACCUAGACUUGAGACAAUCUUGUCAUUACUGGUGUCAUUGCAAAAGUUACCUGUGCGUCUUCCUGAGGGAGAAGCUUUGCAGUGCCUCACUGAAAGGGCAAUGGCCUGGCAGGACAGGGCACGUAAUGCCCUUGCCACUCCAGAACUGGCAUCAGCAUUGGCCAAACUGAGCUUACUCAAUCAAAGAAUGGUUGAGCAGGCAGCACGAGAAAAGACUGAGAAAAUAAUCAGUGCUGAAUUAAUGAAAGCCGCUAACAAUCCUGAGCUACAGGGACAUUUAGCAAGUGUCACCCAAAGUGCUUUUAGUGGAGUCCAAAGUUCCCAGAAAGACUUCAACACAUUUGCUGUAGAUACUGACAGUAGUCAGUCAAUGCAACUAUCUCCAGGUUCCCCACACAGCAUGGAAGAACCACUUCUUGGUUCUUCCACUGAUUUGUUAUUGAAUGGACAUAAUAAUAAUAAUAAUAAUAAUAAUAUAAAUGGUAACAAUAACAGCAGUAAUAGCAACAAUGGAGGAAUGUCUUCAGAACAUGCUUAUUCUUCUGCAUCAAAGUCAACAUUUGCUGUUUCACCAAGGAAACAUCAGCGCAAAUCACCCCUAAUCCCAAGACAAUUGGAAUCACCGGUUUUAGAGUUGUCUGCUGCAGCUCGUCUCCAACUUGAAGAGUUAAUGAUGGAAGGUGAUCUGCUGGAAGUGUCACUAGACGAAACUCAACACAUCAAACGAAUCAUAAUGGCCUAUCAAACAAGCGGUGAAGACAAAUACAUGGAAUUUGAAGAAUCUUCAGAAAGAAUCUUUUUCAAAGAAAAAUCAGAGAAAAACCGUUCCAAGAAUAAAGAGAAAGAUAAAGAAAAAGUGAAAAAGAAGCGGAAGAAGAAAAGUGAUGAAGCAGAUAAUCCAGAUGGCAAAGUAAAGAAAAACAAAGAAGAACCAAAUAUUAUAAAAACCAAGAAAAAAUUGAUACUUAAGGAUAAAGAAAUGAAGUUCAAAGAGAAAGGCAAGUCUAAAGACAGCACAAAUUCGAACGAUACUAAAGGCAAGAAGGAAGACAAGUCACUAAAGAGAAGUCAGAAACCUUCAGGUGCAGGUCGAAAUGGGGACAAGAAAAACAGCUUGAAGGAGAAGAGGAAAAGCAAGGGGAAUUCGUCAAGUGGUGAUGAUGAAGGUGAUGACGACGACUGCUCUGCAGUAAAGUGUCUCAAACCUACAGGAGAUGAAGUGAAUUGGGUACAGUGUGACCGAUGUGAAUUGUGGUUCCAUCUCCUAUGUGUUGGGGUCGGAGAAGAUGAAGUUGGAGAGGACGAUGAUUAUCUUAUAGCAUGGAAAUGGUCUCCUAGCCUGCACCCUUUCUACUCCCUCUUUUUCUCUCUCACAUCACCUUUGCCUCUUCCCUCAAUACCCAACUUUCCAUUCCACACCAGCCCUCCCCUCCCCCAUGUAAAGACAGCAACUACUCCCACCCCCUUUUCCUUCUUCUCACAUCAUGGUCAAGGAAGGAGCUUUCUUCGUUUGUCUUUUUCUUUUUUUACCUUUAGUUCAAUAACUUCUUUCUUUUCCCUCAGUAAUUUUUGGGAAGGACUUCCACCUGAAUAA